AUGUCUGCUUUACGCUUUGCAACCCACUAUACUAUUCGUGCCCGAUUCUAUAGCACCGCUUCAUCUUCGCGUAUGGCUGCUGUUGCCACCGAAAAUGCAGCCAAGGCAACCACUGCACCUGCUCUCUCUGCUGCAGCUCUUCAUGCAAGUGGUCCUUUGAGAAACGACUGGUCGCGUCAAGAGAUCCAAGCUAUCUAUGACUCACCUUUUAUGGAUUUGAUGUUUUAUGGCGCCAAGGUACACCGUGAAAACUUUAAUGCACGUGAGGUGCAGCAAUGCACUUUGCUUUCCAUCAAGACCGGUGGUUGUACAGAAGACUGCAAGUAUUGUCCUCAAUCAUCACGCUAUGAUACGGCCGUCAAGGCACAAAAAAUGCUUGAUACGGGUGAGGUGUUGGAUGCUGCACAACGCGCCAAGGAGGCUGGUAGUACCAGAUUUUGCAUGGGCGCUGCUUGGAGAGAUCUUGCUGGUCGUAAAUCCAACUUCAACAAGAUCUUAUCCUAUGUCAAGGCUAUUCGUGGUAUGGGCAUGGAGGUAUGCUGCACAUUGGGUAUGCUUAAUGAGACCCAAGCCAAGCAACUCAAGGAAGCUGGUUUGACCGCCUACAACCACAACCUUGAUACAUCCCGUGAAUUUUAUCCCAAGAUUAUCUCUACUCGUAGCUAUGAUGAGCGUCUUUCGACCAUUGGGCAUGCACAAGAUGCUGGCAUUUCUGUUUGCUCGGGUGGUAUUAUUGGUCUUGGUGAGCAAGAAGAGGAUCGUGUUGGCUUGUUACACACACUUUCCACUCUCCCCAAGCACCCUGAAAGUGUACCUGUGAAUGCAUUGCUUGCUGUUCCCGGCACACCACUUGAGAAUCAGGAGCCAGUAUCAGUAUUUGAGAUGGUGCGCAUGAUUGCUACUGCCCGUAUUGUGAUGCCCAAGUCUAUGGUGCGUUUGUCAGCAGGACGUGUACGUUUCUCGACCUCGGAGCAAGCCAUGUGCUUUAUGGCAGGUGCCAACUCUAUCUUUACUGGUGAAAAGCUGCUUACAACACCCAACAAUGAGUUCACUGAUGAUCAAAAGAUGUUUGAGCUUUUGGGUCUUGUUCCCAAACCACCCAACUUUGAGCAAGGCUCAGACAACCCUGAGCAGCCUGUUUAUAAUGGCAUCAAGAUCAAAACCGAAGCAUCUGCCUAA